GCCUAAAUAAAAAAUGAGAUGAUUUCAUGACUUUGUCCAUUUGUAAGUUCUUGCAUCAGGUAUCUGCAAACGGCAUAUGUGUAUACACUCCUCUCUCUCUUUGAAACCAUUGUUUUUCAUUACAGAAAAUUGAGAAACAGAAAAAGAAACGAAAGAGUAAGGUUUGGUUUGUUCUAGAAUUUUUAUCACUACUUGGGUCUUACAUAUAUCAAAAUUUUUGCCAAGAGAAUGUCGAAGAAUGUUGAGCAGAAAAUUGUCUGCGGUCGGAAGACUCGGUCUGGUUAAAAAGUUUUCCUUUACAUCCCAACCUUUCUCAUCUCCCAAACCAAACAGAUUUCUCUGACUUUGUUUCACUUGCACUAAUCCAUCAUUAGCUUGUUUCGGCUUUGUGCAGUUCAGUGUGGAAUUUUCAAUCAACCUGGAAAAAGUUGUGAGAAUUGACAUGGGGAGGAACACUGCUGAAAUUGUUACAAAAGCAGGGUCUGAGGCUAUGAAGGAAGGCCAACGCAAAAAAUCUCUCUUUGCUUCUAUACACAAACCAACAAUAGAAGAUGGCAGGCCAAGAAGUAUGGUUAUCAAGAAAGUACAUACCAUGAUUCCACCUCACAUUAUUGCUGAAGCCAUAUCAACACUCCAUGGUGAUGGCCUAGAUCUGAGAUGGUCAGGCCCCAUUACUCCAGCUGAAAGGGAAUAUGUUCAACAGUAUGUGUUGGCAAAGUACCCACAUUACGCAGGUCUUGUCGAAGGAGAAAAGUUCGACUACACUAGCAUUUGCAUCAAUGAGGAAUCUCCUGAUCUGCUCACUCCUGAUGAUAAGAAAAAGUCACCAAGGGGCACUACUUUGAGGGAGUCACCAUCACCAUUCUCUGGAAGCAAUCUUCCUGACUUGGACAGGACUCAGUUGGAGACAUCAAGGUUGCUUGACAUCCUCACCGAGAAAUCCUCCUUUCCCGGAAGCUUCAUUUCAAUCCCUGAGGUGCAAGCUCGAAACAAGGUCUUGAAGCACUGUGGAUUGCCUGAUGAUGAGUACCUUGUUCUCUUCACUCCAAGCUACAGAGACGCCAAGGUGUUGGUAGCCGAGAGCUACCCAUUCUACAGAGGGAACUACUACAUGACUGUUAUUGGAGGAGGUGAAAAGGAAGAAGAAGAAGUCAUAAAGGACUUUGCCAGUUACAAGGAUUCCAAAGUGAUUAUGGCACCAGAGUCUUGGUUGGACUUGAGGAUCAAGGGUUCACAACUAAGUCAGUAUUUCAGGAAGAAAAGUAAGCACAAGCUGAAAGGGCUCUUCUCUUAUCCAGCAUUUAUAAAUGGGAUUCAUCACUCGCUGCAUUGGAUAUCAGAAGCUCACCGCAACUCAUGGCAUGUUCUUCUUGAUGCAACGGCACUUGUCAUUGGGAAGGACCACUUGAAUCUUAUGCUCCACAGGCCUGACUUUGUUCUGUGUAGUCUGGACAACUCCCAUGGCCAGACUUCAAAGAUCACCUGUCUUCUAGUCAGGAAGAAAUCCUUUGAUACUACAAUGCCUCCACCACAGAUCAAUGAGUGAUGAGUACUUUAAGCAUCUUAUGUAAAAUUAUUUAAGAAUAGAUUUGAGCAGACAACCAUAAUCAGUUAC